AAUGCCUCCGUUUUCCCGAGAGUUCCAUAGACAGCCCUGCCUAUAAAAAGGAAGGGGUCUGAGAGUGGUAUGUACCCCUAGCAGCUGAUACCGGCCAUCCCUAAAAAUAGAGCAAGGCCUUGUAGACCAGACUAGUUCUCUUGCGUCCUUGCAGUUUGACACAAAAGGAUUGUUAAGACGAUUUCAACAUGCCAAAGAUUGUCAGACCUGAAGAUUGUCAGCCAGCACAUGCACUAUGGUACGACAGGAAGAAAUAUGUCACUAUCAACUUCAUGGUGCAGAAACCAAGGGAUGUUCAGGUUGAAAUUCUGAAUAACAAAAUGGUUUUAUGUUGUAAAUCAGAUGAUGAAACCAUCUACAAUGAGAUUUACUUUUAUGACGAGGUGCAAAAAUUCGACUCUAGAGAGAAAGUCUAUGAUCGCAGCAUAAACGUACUUCUGAGGAAGAUUACACCAGAUGUUGCCUGGCCUCGACUUCAGAAAGAUACUGCCAAGCCAAGUUGGAUAAAUGUGGACUUUGAUAACUGGAGAGACUGGGAACACGAAGAGGAUGAGGGAAUGGCAGAGUUCGAGCAAUAUGCUGAUAUGAUGCAGGAGAUGACCAGCAAAAACAAAAGUGGGCCGCCAGCCAUGGAUGAUCUUUUCGAUCUGGAUGAUGACUGAUCAUCUUAUUGCUUUUUCCGGUUGGCAAAACGAAAAGAACGACUAAAAGAAGAUUCCUCAGGAGAACAUUUGAAAAACUUGACAAAAGUUUCAUAUGUUUAUUCUUUUUGUAUUAUUUUGGACGAUAAUUGCUGAAAAAGUGAAGCCCUGUUUGACACUGCCUAUCUGUAGAUGUAUUGUUUAAUGUGUGUGUAUCAUUUUCUAUGAUAUAUUAUUUAUCAAAUAAAUAAAAUCAUGUAUUUUCUCA